AUGGCGGCCGACCUCACCGAUCCCGGCCUCGAUAGCGCCAUCCGACAACUUCUCGAUCAGCAGGCCGAGAUUCAAGCACGGCUUGCUGCCUUGCUGCCCGCAAAGUAUGGCCUCAAUGCCAAGUUGGAGCUUGACAUGCUCCGCCACAAGUUGCGGGUUCUACAAGCCUACUCUGAUCAUCACCAUAUUUCUGCCAACAUACCAAUCAAUUCUGAGUUUGAGGAGGCUAGGUCAUUGCAGUACCGAUGCGAAUGUAUAGAGACUGCUUGCUUAGAGCAAGGCCACGAUCUGCUGGACCCAAACAUGGUUGAUGCCCUUAAACGAUCCCUGUAUGACGAAGCGCCGACUGGCUAUGCGGCUUGGUUAGACCGUAAUCUUGAAGGCCACGACCCGGUAAUCCGUGGAUGGAAGAUGAGGGAAAGCUUGUCACCGUCGUCCCGGUCCACGUCCUCUUUCAAGUGCUGGGACGAGCGCUGCAUACAUUACAUUUACGGCUUCCACAACAAGGACGAGCGAGACAAUCAUGCCCGAGAGCAUACCCUACACCCCCAUCGCGACUCGGGCAUGUCAGUCGGCAAUACACCGCCGAUUUCCUUUCCCGAAUACCAGACAUUGCGACCAUGGGGCCCCGAGACAGGAAAGCAGCCGCUGGCUCUCCAACUCCCAAAGCCAUCGCACGGCACCCAGCUAGCUCCUUUGACAACAGGCCAGCCGAAAGAACGCCGAGAUACUCUUCAAUCCUACUCGCUAGUCAGUGAAUAUUCCGCUCCAGGACGCGGCUCUGUUGAUUCCGAAGUCGACCCGUUGCUGCCCCCUUUGAAACGUAGUAGGGUUGGUCAGUCUCGACUCCAGUCGAUUGGCGAGCUCAGGCUGCUUCAAGACUCUGGACCAUGCUUGCGCUGUAUGGCUACUAAGCAACCGUGCGAUUCGAACGAGCCGUGUUAUUAUUGCGCGGACCAGCCACUUAGUCCAAGCAGUGACUUUUGGAAGGCCAUCGGCUGUCAUCGUGGCCCCCUUGACGCCUUUUCGGACAUCAUGCUCCCAGUAUCUCCAAGACAAUCACAGACUCCAAUCACAUCUCCGCUAGCCCAGCGAAGAAGCAUGAACGAGCAUCUGGAAAAUAGCUACCGCAUAUCACCGGACAUACUACAUGCGGUCAAAGCAAAUCUUGAUUUUGAUGACGGGUUCUGGUGGACGGAAGAACUUGCAAAUCUUCCUUUAGCCAACUCUACGCUUUCACACUACCCUAGAGAAACGAUCGAUCGGCCACCGCCAAUCUUGAAUAUUCUAACAGCGAGUUGGAAUGGCGGAGGAACUGCAUACAACUUUCUCCACCUUCUGAAGACAAGCGGCCUAAUCGCGGCCACUAGAGAGAGGGAGGAAGCAGUAUUCCCAGUGUUGUAUCGAGCGAAACUGUUGCUGCGAGAGGUCAUGUUCUGGGACCUUCAACAACCAGAACCUUCGAUUCGCCUAGACGGAGGCCCACCCCACCGACCCCUAUUUACUGAUGAAGUCGAUCAAGAUGCUCAUUAUCGUUUACUCUACAAUUGCAUGGCGCAGUUCCUCCAGGCAUUUGAGAGUGCCACGGUCAAGAAGGGGCCACAAGACCCGAAGAGCUGGUGCGCGGUGUUUAUUGCACUUUGCAUCUUCAGCGUUGUGCGUACGAUCUUGGUGGAUAUUGCCUCUUACCUGCCAAGACGACUAUCAUCGCACACUCCUCCAACUUGGAGGGGGACAGGCGGUGUGCACGCCAUGAACAGCGUCUACAAGCUUCUGGUCACGCUCUUUGCAAGUUCUGGGCCCAUGUUACUCGACGAACAGACCGCGGAUCUUGAUGAACGGGACAGAGCCAUCACAGACUCCUUGUACAUGGUUAUGAGAAAGGACACUUGGGGUCAGCAGGGUUUUGCUUCUUCCAAAGACUUCUUAAUACAUCUUGGAGAUGGCAACAUGGAAGGCGCAGCCACGUUCAACGGGUUCCUCAGGCAAAGAGUUCCAGCACGCACCAGUAUGUUCGUUCUUCCGCCCAUCGCCAAACCCAGCGAAGAACCCAGACGUCCUAUGCACGACCCUCGAGCUUUGGGCGAUCCUUGGAUCCCGAACCCAGCCUCGCUAUCAGACCGAGACCCAUUUGCCGCUACGAUGGGUCCGGAUUACCUUACUUCGCCCCAAGGAAUAGAUGCUCUGGGCCGCAGGCAUACCGUCGGAGAGAGUCCAACUUUUCCCCGAGGCCCCUUGAGGCCUUUGGAGUCCCCAAUCUCGGGCGGUCGAGGGCGGCCGACGUAUCAGCGGCCCCCUUUACGUCGCGUCUACUGCAUAAAGUGCAAUGAGUACCCUGAAGGGUUUAGAGGCGAACACGAGCUCCGUAGGCAUACCGAUGCCAAACACGCUUCACUGGUGAGGCGUUGGGUAUGCACCGAGCCAGAUACCUAUAGCCCGACGUUGCCGCAACCUGUCAUACCACUUGCAAAAUGUAAAGCGUGUGUGACGCAGAAACGGUACGGGGCCUACUACAAUGCGGCAGCGCAUCUCCGGAGAGCGCAUUUCAACCCGCACAGAGGCGGAAAGGCUAGUGGCGAUUGGCCGCCCAUGACCAUUCUCAAGGACUGGAUGAGAGAGGUGCGGCAGUCUGUUGAUAUUCAAGACCAAGACGACUCGAGUGGAGGGGAAGAGGCCGAUUACAAACAGCCGCUUGAGUAUUUCACCCAGGCACCACCUCCGCCACCGCCUGCGCGAUCUCCUACAUUCGGCCCAACGAUGCUAGCGGCAGCACCGCCGGCUGUCCCCUUGAUGAUAGCUCCCGCUGAGUCAAUGGUGUCUUCUCAGAUGAGCAGCCCAUCAAGCAAAACCCUGGAUAAUCGGACUCGGUGUCCUCACCCAGAUUGCGGCCGCGUCUUCAAGGAUCUUGCAGCACACAUGCUUACGCAUCAAGAAGAACGUCCGGAAAAGUGCCCGAUAGAGACUUGCGAGUACCACACGAAAGGAUUCGCGCGCAAGUAUGACAAGAAUCGACAUGCACUGACACACUACAAAGGGACGAUGGUUUGUCCGUUCUGCCCAGGGGUGGGCACUGCAUAUGAGAAGGCGUUCAAUCGUGCGGACGUGUUCAAGCGACAUCUCACUUCGGUGCAUAACGUUGAGCAGACGCCUCCCAAUAGCCGGAAGCUCAUCAUCAGCGGAUCCGGCAAUGUCCGAGGAGACGGUGCCAAGUGCUCAAUCUGCCAGAGUUAUUUCGGAACAGCUCAAGAAUUCUACGAACAUCUUGACGACUGCGUUCUUAACGUUAUCGUACCGACGUCGGCCAAGACGCCUAGGGACUCGUCGGUGCUGCCUUCAGUAUCAGGCGUUGAGGAGAGGGAACGGUUGGGCGACAAUGAUACCAUCAACGUACAGACCGGGUCGCCCGCAGGUGAAAAGAUGGAUACCAACCCAUAG